UGACAAUUACUGAAACAUGGCGUUUGGAGCAAUGACAUCUUUGCUUGGCAUGAUACCAUUACUAGCUAUCGGCAUGAACUUUUAUCGCUACCAAAGUGUCGAUCCAGAAAGCAAAGUGCAAGAGCCACAAACAGUCAGACGUCAAUAUGAUUUCAUAGUGAUAGGCGGUGGCUCCGCAGGUGCAGUGGUAGCCAAUCGCUUAUCAGAAGUACGUAACUGGACUGUACUUUUACUUGAGGCUGGAGGAGAUGAAACUGAAAUUUCUGAUGUACCUGCACUAGCAGGCUAUUUACAAUUAACUGAUUUGGACUGGAAAUAUCAAACAACCCCUUCACCCACGCGUCAAUAUUGUCAGGCCAUGAAAGGUGAUCGUUGUUUUUGGCCACGCGGUAAAGUUUUAGGUGGGUCUAGUGUUUUGAAUGCUAUGGUUUAUGUGCGUGGUUCUAAGAAUGAUUACAAUCACUGGGAAUCACUUGGUAAUACCGGAUGGGGCUAUGAAGACGUUUUAAAAUAUUUUCUAAAAUCCGAAGAUGUUCGAAAUCCUUAUUUGGCAACCACCCCCUACCACGAAACUGGUGGUUAUUUAACUGUACAAGAGUCUCCAUGGCGUACUCCAUUGUCUGUUGCAUUCCUACAGGCAGGCAUGGAAAUGGGCUACGAGAACCGUGAUAUCAAUGGUGAGAAGCAAACAGGAUUUAUGCUUACACAAAGCACAAUUCGUAGGGGCGCGAGGUGUAGCACAGGCAAAGCUUUUAUUAGACCCGUACGUUUGCGUAAAAACUUAGAUGUACUUCUACACUCACAAGCAACCAAGAUACUUAUUGAUAAAAAUAAACGCGCUAUAGGUGUAGAGUUUUUAAAAGGUGGACGCAAAAAUAUCGCUUUUGUACGUCGAGAAGUGAUCUCAGCAGCUGGUUCACUGAACACACCGCAACUUCUCAUGUUGUCCGGCAUUGGUCCAGCAGAACAUUUACAGGAAUUUGAUAUACCAGUGAUAUCUGAUUUACCUGUUGGCAAUAAUUUACAAGAUCAUGUUGGUUUAGGUGGUUUGACAUUUGUUGUUGAUGCACCGUUGACAGUUACACGAAAUCGAUUUCAAACUAUACCAGUAACAAUGGAAUACAUUUUAAGAGAACGUGGACCAAUGACAUUUUCUGGUGUGGAGGCAGUAGCAUUUUUAAAUAGUAAAUAUCAGGAUCCAGCUGUAGAUUGGCCAGAUAUACAAUUUCAUUUUUGUCCGAGUUCAAUUAAUUCCGAUGGAGGUGAACAAAUACGUAAAAUUCUAAAUUUACGCGACGGUUUUUAUAACACCGUGUAUAAACCCAUACAAAAUUCUGAAACUUGGUCUAUUUUGCCGCUCUUGCUACGUCCGAAAAGUACCGGUUGGGUGCGACUGAAUUCACGAAAUCCCCAACAUCAACCUAAAAUUAUACCUAACUACUUUGCACAUCAAGAAGAUAUUGAUGUGCUUGUGGAAGGCAUUAAAUUAGCUAUUAACGUUUCUAAUACUCAAGCUUUUCAACGUUUCGGUUCGCGACCACAUAAUAUACCACUGCCUGGUUGCCGUCAUUAUGAAUUUAUGUCGGAUGAAUAUUGGGGUUGCUGUAUUAAACAAUUCACUUUCACUAUCUAUCAUCCAACAGGAACUUGCAAGAUGGGUCCAAGUUGGGAUGUGACGGCAGUAGUUGAUCCACGCUUACGUGUUUACGGUGUAUCUGGUAUACGCGUCGUAGAUGCUAGCAUAAUGCCCACUAUUGUGAAUGGCAAUCCAAACGCUCCAGUAAUCAUGAUUGGUGAAAAAGCUUCAGAUUUGAUUAAAGAGGAUUGGGGUGCCCGACCUAAACGUUCGCACGGUUAAUUCUUUAUUAUGAUUACUAACAGUUUGUUUCACUUGGUCCUGUUUCUUUUCCGAUUGCGUUUUCUGUUUCUAACUAGUCAGUUACCUUUCUUCUAUUAAAUUUUUAUUUUCUUUAAAAA